AUUUGUAGCAAAGAUGGUGUCAUCAUCAGACUUGGAUGAAUCCGGCUGGCAAGAAGAUGGAAGGCCCAAUUCAAAACAGAAAAAAACAAAAGGACCUAGUCUUUAUGAAAUUCUGGGUAUUACUGAGGAUGCGUCGGAUGAUGACAUCAAGCGCGCUUACAGGAAACUAGCCUUAAAGUAUCAUCCUGACAAGAAUUUGGAGAAUGAUCCGGAGAAAACUGAACGCUUUAAAGAAAUUAAUCAUGCACAUGCUGUACUUUCGGUGCCAACAAGGCGUAAAGUAUACGAUAAAUAUGGAGACAUGGGUCUGAAGUUGAUGGAACAGUUUAGUGAUGAUGGUGCUGUGAUCGGUUUAGCUUUCAAGCCCUGGUUUAAGUGGACGUUCAUCAUUUGUGGUCUUUCGACAUGUUGCUGUUUCUUUUGCUGUUGCGGCUGCAUGUUUUGUUGCAAUUGUUGUUGCAACUUUUGCUGUGGUAAAUAUAAACCGAAAGGAUUUGAUGAGGAAGGAGAUAUCGGGGAAAGUGAUGCAGAACAAGAAACGAAUGGAACUGUCUCAGUGAUUGUUGAUCAGCCAGAAGAGUCGAAUAUGUUGCCGAAAAGUAGUAAAGAUGAUGAAAAUCUAAAAAUUGCGGAAAGCUCAAACGAGAAGUUGCGUGAUUACCCUACAUCAUAUUCAAUAAAUCAUAUAAGCAGUGAAGCUGAUCCUGAAAAUUGAAUGCUCUGACCUCAGGAAAUGGUAAUGUAUGACGUUGUUUGCAACAGGAAAGUUCUGCGAAGGCCUUGAAGUGAAUGUGUAUCACAUAUUUCAUGCUCAAGUAAAAUUACUAAAUAGCAGUGGUUAGAUGAAUUAUUUGGCAAAGUCAUAAUUUUUACCCGUUUUUUUUUCUUUUUUGUAAUUAAAUGUCAUUAUUCCUUCACUUUUUUGAUGAAAGCAUAUAAAGGUCAGUCCUUGUUGCUAUUUUAAUUUUCACUACACGGAGCUUAAUUUUCGCAAUUUUUCUGCGCGUUCCAGGUUAUUGCAAAUAUUUGUUCUAUGUAAAGUUUCCUCUAUAUUGAAUUUUUUCGCUUUCCUGAUCGAGAAUCAGUUAAAUGACCCUUUGCGGAGUUGCUUGUUUUCAAGUAGUUCAUUGUGUUUACUUUUGUUCAGCCAUCCAAGUGUGUGUUGUUUUUGUCCUCGAUUAUAUUGUCAUAAGGUGCAGAUCUCAUUAGGCUUGUGAUACCUAGGUUUGUAUCUAAAAAGAAAAAAAACGCGAUUUGGGAAGAUUAAACCUGCAGAUAAAAUUCCCCUGCCACUAAUCGAAUACUUUCAGAAAU